UCUGAUCCAGAGAAACACACAAAGAGCUGGAGCCGGCGGAGGAGGAGGAGGACGGGGAGAGUACCGGUUCUGACCCAUCCCGGAGGAGCAGCAGGAGACAUAAUUCCGCUCGACCCAAUGGACUGAGAGGACAGAUGAAUGAAGACUGCCUACACUAACGCCUAUCGAUGCCUGGCCAAGGACCUGGACGCGUACGCCAUGAACCCGGACAUGACAAUGGACGGCCUCGGCAGCCUCCACGGCGGGGUGGCCCCUGACGCGGAGCUGAUGAGCGGCGGCUCGUCGGGCCUCCGGAUCCACCAGGACCUGGCGCCGCGGCCGGCCAUGGUGUCCGGGAUGAUCCUGGAGGGCAGCGGGGAGUACCGUCCGGAGCUGUCGCUGCCGCUGCACCACGCCAUGAGCGUCCCGUGCGACGCGACGUCCCCCGGGAUGAGCGGCACCUACACCACCCUGACCCCGCUCCAGCCGCUGCCGCCCAUCUCCACCGUGUCCGACAAGUUCCACCAUCACCACCACCACCACCACCACCACCAGCGGCUGCCCGGGAACGUCAGCGGGAGCUUCACCCUGAUGCGGGACGAGCGCGGGCUGCCGGGGAUGAACAACAUCUACAGCCCGUAUAAGGACCACAUGUCCGGGAUGGGUCAGAGCCUGUCCCCGGUGCUGGGUAACGGCCUCGGCUCCAUCCACAACACCCAGCAGGGGCUCCACAACUACGGCUCCAGCUCGCACGCAACCCACGACAAGAUGCUGAACUUCGACCACCAGCACCGAGGCCUCGGUGGCCCGCCGGCCGGGAUGAUGCCGCACCUGAACGGGAUGCACCACCCGGGCCACCACCCCCACCCGCACCUCCAGUCGCCGUCGCACGGGCCGGUGUUGGCGCCUACGCGGGAGCGACCGCCCUCCUCCUCGGGGACGCAGGGGGGCGGCGGGUCGGGGCAGCUGGAGGAGAUCAACACCAAGGAGGUGGCGCAGCGGAUCACCGCGGAGCUGAAGAGGUACAGCAUCCCGCAGGCCAUCUUCGCCCAGCGGGUGCUGUGCCGCUCCCAGGGGACGCUGUCCGACCUGCUGCGGAACCCCAAGCCCUGGAGUAAACUAAAGUCCGGCCGGGAGACCUUCCGGAGGAUGUGGAAGUGGCUGCAGGAGCCCGAGUUCCAGCGGAUGUCGGCGCUCAGAUUGGCAGCAUGCAAGCGGAAGGAGCAGGACACGGGGAAGGAUCGCAACAACACACCAAAGAAGUCGCGGCUGGUCUUCACCGACCUGCAGCGGCGCACCCUGCUGGCCAUCUUCAAGGAGAACAAGCGGCCGUCCAAAGAGAUGCAGCUCACCAUCUCGCAGCAGCUGGGCCUCGAACUCACCACAGUCAGCAACUUCUUCAUGAACGCCCGCCGCCGGAGCCUGGACAAAUGGACAGACGACGGCGCCAGCCCCGGCGCCCAGUCCUCGGCGUCCAGCACUUGUACCAAAGCAUGAUAGACGACGGGGAGCCGGGAAAACGGAGAUACGGGACAAACCGGGUUCAAGGUUUCGUCCGGUUGAAGCGAAACUUAAACUUUUUACAUGAUUUUCUUUUCUUCCUUUCCUUGAGGGUACAAACAGAGAGAGGGGCUGCUCACUGCCACGACUUGUAGCCAAAUCGCCUUCUGCAAAUUUAUCCUAAACAUAAAGAAAGCUGGAGGGUCAACUCAUUAAAAACAUACAAAACCUCACUUUGGAGGGGAAAAACCUUCUAAAUCAUAGACUUCAACUGUCCACUGUUGAUGUCUCCUCUAGGCUGACACACUAGCCCAAAAACCAAAGACUAGAAGACAAUGUGUGUUUUCUAUUAUGCAAUAUAAGCUAGGAAACAACCAAACACCAAACCAAGGAAAGCUUUAUGACUGCAGAAUGUGACAGAUGCUCUGGGACAUUUUCUGUGGAAAUACUCUUCUGUUCUCGCCCUCAAAGGUCCAAUCAGGAGUUGGGUUUCAGUUCAAGCAAUAGACAGUUUGGGUCGCUGAGGGAACUUUUAUCUUCACCAAACCAAAGAUAGACGAAGGGAAAGGACGAUAGUUUUCACCUAGACGACAAUUCUUCCCCUCAGAAUCAGCGUUCAAACAUUCGACUCUUUAAAGAAGGCGGUGCCGAAAUAUGCAAGCACAAACAUUCAUCGGACGACCCAACAGCGUUUAGCUCGAGCUUCAUCAGAACCCUGAGCGCUAGGCUAGGUGGUACAAACUACAUGUGAGUGAGCACAAUGUCGAAGCACAUUUUCUUUGCAAUAGAACCGGAGCCGGCGGCCGACCCGAGUGGGCUUCGCAUCUUAGAAAACUCAGGAUGCCAUUUAUUUUCUAAACAGUGGCUGAAGUCCAUUCGGUGCGCGUCACAAACACGUGGUGAAGUCCUCACACGCACCCAGAGAUGGUUUCUGAAGUAAAACUCAACGUUAAAGAGUCGUUCCCUAAAGCGUUCCCCCGUUAACCACAGGCUAACGCUAGCUUACUCCGGCUUCACCAGUCAGUCUCAUUCAGGGAAGUGAUGGCAGCUCCUUCCACCAGAGCAGGAUGAAACGUCUGCUUCUAGUUUAUUGUGUAACGUAGAUCAAUCCUUGGUGACAUUAAGAGGCGGCCAUUUUGCUAAAGCCAAACGGAAAUUUGUCAGACAAGAUUGACCAGACUCGUAUGAAAUGAUUUCCAACUGCAGACUAGAGAUAUUUUUGUAAGAUUUUGACAGCCAUCACAAAGAAAAACAGGAUAAAACACAACCAGUACGCGCGGUACCAGCUGGACCCGCCAGAGGACGGACCGGCCAGGCAGAUCAGGGCCUUUGUAAUAGUUAAAGAGGACAAUCUAAAGACGAUGCCUGGCCAGUCCGUCCCUCCUGAGGGUCAGUGGAAACCAGAGAACGGCUCCCAAAGCCGCAAAUAAGUCAUUUAAAUGGUCGUCAGCCAUAAAUUCAGCAGAUUGGUCCGAGCGACCAUCGAUCCGAAUCGAUUGAUGUAAAUACCAACACAUCCCAAAAACCGUUUUAGACGUCCGUCCGUCCGUCCGUCCGUCCGUCCGUCCGUCCGCCAUCACCUCAUCAAUCAUCUUUCACUCAAGCUAUUAAACCAAAAAAUGAAACAAAACCAAAGCAAAGGCGUCAGUCAGCAGCCCCUGCUCCGUCCCAAAGUCCAGGCUGGAGUUUUCGGCCUGGUCAGAAGCAGCCAAAGGCUUUAAGAACAUUUUAAGAUAAAAAAUGGACACUUGAGACUUUUUCUAUUUAUUGACAAAUCGAAACCAAAGAAAACAUUUUUCUGCACCUAACUGUUCCAACAAAUGGGAAAAAAAAAAAACUUGGAUGAGAAUUAUUACCAAAAAAACAAAAGGAGAAAAAAAAAAACCAGAGUGGCGACGAUGUCAAGGAAGGAAAGUUCGACAGAAGGACGACAUCACUGGAGCAGCAAAGUAGCUUUUGUUGUGUCUGAUGGAGCAUCAGGCGACUUUGGGACUGAAAAGGGUAAAACCACACAGGAAGGAGGGAGGAAGCAGAACGCCAUCACCGGUUCUCCUUCUCUCCGGCCCGACGAAAAGGCAGAACUUUAAUGUCUCUCACGGUUGAAGAGCGUCUUUAACGUGUGCCUAUGCAGUUUUUCAAAGUAAAAAAACGGUUUAAAGAACAACAGAAACCUCAUCAGCUAACAAACCAAAGAUUCACCGUUGACCCCGGCAACAGGCUCCUCCCCCUCCAACAGGUAAACAUUCAAUAUGAGACGUUGGAUCCUUUCUGUUAUUCUUUGUUCCUGUUUGUAGCUUGUAAGCUAACGACUCGAUACGAUAAAUUUCACAUUUUAAUUUUUUGUAAAGCACUUUCAACGCUGAAACACGUCCAGUGUUUCUGUAAGAGCAUCGCAUCAAAAGUAACAUUUUUCACCACAUCGUACUUUAACUGGAAGGAUUAGUGUUUAAUAAAUCACAAUUAAUCAAAUCUCUUAUAGUUUAUGUAGCCGGAGGAGCGACGGUGGGGAGGCUUUCUGAAACGUGCGGCGCAUACCAAAGAUUUUCUGCUGUACGACCAGAAGCUCCCUGGAUCUCUGUCAGUCCUUAUUAGUCUGAUUACAGACUAAUAAUUACUACUAUUGCAAAUUGCAAUAGUUUCUAUUGCAAUUUCUCCUUUUUUUAACUUUUCAAACCGUAGAAGGAAGCAGCCAAACGCAACUUGAUGUGUUGGAUCUCAGAAACUGGACAUUAUUUGAUCAGAACCAGAAAUAAAACAAAAACCUGGAAAUUAUUUCAAGAAAAUUAUUUUCAAUUCUUAAGAUAAAACUUUUAAUCUGCUACAACUGGGUCAAAAUUCAGGUCAAAAUUCAAUAUAUUUUGUGUUUCUAACUGAAUUUCAUCCCAACACCAAUUAUGACUCGUACAUUUUUUUCCAAACAAACGGCGGCGUCCAUUAUUACAGGUGAAAUUAGUGAAAAAUGUUCUGGUCAAAACUCCAGAAUUUUCCAAAAUUCUUUUGGUUUUCUAACUGAACUGGGCUACAUCUGUACGGAAGGCAAAUAUGACCAAUAUCUGAUUUUUUUCAUAAAGGUUUGAACGGCCCAGUUUUGAUGUUUUCACCCAAAGAAAAUGUAAGUGUUGCCAUUUUCACAUGUGGUUCUGAUUUAGAUACAUGUUACAAAACACAUGAGGUCAAAAUGUCGCAUUUUAUCCAACUUUUACAUCAUCGCCGUAAAUCUGUGUUAUGAUCUGCAUCUUGUUAUGAUUUUGUGACAACGCUGUCAGUUUUCUGUAGACAUCGGCGUCCAUUAUUACCUUCUUCUUCACUUUGGGGUCAUGAACUUUUCAUACAAAAAUCAAAUUUAAUUACUAUGAACAAUCACGCAAAAAAAAUUCCAUAAAAAUAAAAAAUUCUAUUUCAGCAAAAAAAAUAAUCAGAAUUGAGCAUCAAGACUUGGUGAGUGAUCGUAGUUCAACCAGAACCGGUCGGGUCCGACAUGCUGAUGGUUGGACGGUUGAUCCAACCAAUGACCUUUGAACUAUAAGAUGAACAGUUUGUCCAUCUAUCCAACAUUUUCAUAAUUGGAUAAAUUGAUAAAAAUUAUUUAACUUGACAGGCGUUAAAGUCUGGAAUACAGAUAUUUUUCCAGACUUUUUUGCAUUUUUAUCCUCAUUUAGACGUUGAAAAUACAAAUCAGGAGCCCAGAAAAAUAGGAACACCUUCAUUUAUAGUCAUAAAUAAAUAUUUCUCCUGGUUCUGGUUUGUUUUAUCUAUACUUAUAGUCAUAAAUAAAGGUGAUGCUGCUUUCUUUGGUUGAAAAGUUAAGAAAAAUAAAAACACAAGAGUAUUUUAAUGAAUGUCUUUAGCUACAGAAAUAAGGGAGAAAUAAUUUAGACGUCCAUGAUAUUGGUGUUGUGAUCCUGUGUGAGGGGGCGGAGCCACGCUGCUGACCCAUUUAAACCACAACAACAAACAAAACCAAAAAAUAACAACAAAUCUCCAACUGCUGAGAGAAACUGCUGAAAUCUCGGUCAAAUAGCUUUAUCCUUAGUUUUCUGUCUGUGUUUUUCUGUAUGUGAAGCUUCUAGUCCAAAGAAAUCCUGCGGCCGCCUGGCCCCAACCUGUUGCUGCCCGCUGCCCGCCGGAGGGGCUCGGAUCGGGGCGCAGGCGGCGGCGGCGGCCAUGUUUUCAUGUCAUUCCCACUUGCAGUUCUGUCUAGAUGUAAUAAUAACGGCUAAAUCUGCCUAAAGCGUAAAAAAAGAAUAAAAAGAAGAUAAAGGAAAAAAAAGAGGAGGAGAGCGAGAGAUAACAGGAAGGUAAACCAAAAACUGACCCAAGAGGUUUUCACUGCUCCUUUAUUUGCCAAUUACAUUUACGACACUAUUGUACUUCCUACGUUUUUGCAAUAUGUGAUUUCUUUUUUAUGUAAUUUGUUUUUAAUUGUGAGGUAAUUUAAGCGAACAAAUUUUGUUGCCAAAUCUCCUGGGUGACGUUUAGCUUUGCCAAAGUUUACACUGUUUGUUCCUUUUCUUUCUGUUUGAUGCCAUAUUUAUUUAUGACGUGUUUUAGAACACACUAGUUUUGUACCUGAUAAUUUAAUGUAAUUUAAUUAGAUGUAAUUCUUUUUUUUGCUGACGAAUAUUUAUGGGUAUUUAAGAAUGUUAGUUGCAUCAAAGAUGCAGUGCUUAUUCCAGGCCUGUUAAUUUAUUGGUAGAUAGUUUUACUUUUCAAAGCCGAUGAAGCUUUUUGUUAUGAAUGUUUAGAUCUAAAGACAGAACAAACGUAGGAAUGUCAGAUUAGACUCAAACUUCUGAAUGUCAACACUUGCUCUCACUCUCCAGCCAGUUUAGCUUUGAUUUCUCCUCCUUCUGCUUCGUUUGAUUCUUAUUUCUUCAGAAAUGAAAACAAAAUGAGACGUAACAGCUGCUGAAUGAUGAGCACUGCAUCAGUUGUCCUUGUUUGGCUGCGACCUGCUGACCUCUGUGGAGCAGGAAGGAGUUUUUCAGAGUUCAGGUGAAAACGGACCCAGCAAAGAGAACAGGAAUCCUGAUGAACCGUGUUUACCUCCACACACACACAACCGUCAAAAACACACACUGCUUCCCUCUAAAGGCUGAACUCUGCAGAUGAAGCCAGGAUUUUUCUUUCUAAAAGACCAAAUUUAAGUAAAAUAAAAAGUUAUUUUGAACAAUAUCUGACAGAAGUGAUCAAAAGUGACUAUGAUCAAUUAUUUCCUAACAUUUUCUGCCUUUUAAUGACGUUUAUUCUUUAAUGAAAACUUCUAUGAGAAUCUCCGUCUGCACAAGGUUUUUAUUUUCAGAUCAGAAGAGGUUUUUCUCCUUCAGGGUUUUCUUUGGACUCCAGAUUAAAUCUGGAUUUUAUUUGAUUCACAUCAGGUGUGAACUCAGGAAAACUGGCUGCACCUUUUAAUGUUUUAUCUCCAGAUAGUUUAUUUGGUUAAACUGGAUAAAUGUUACAUUAGAGGUGGAAAAAGUUUGGACAUGAUCAAUCACAGUCUUGUUGUUGAAACUGGCUUCUUAAAUAAAAUCCCAAACAUUAGUUUGGAGGAGUUUGUCCAGUUGAUGUGUGGAUGGAAACACUGGUUUGUUUCCGGGUCAGAAGGAAACGGAUGGGUCCCGUAGAGCCAGCUGCUGAUUCUGUCUGUGUGUAAAAAGACGUGUUAAAGUUUCUGCAGUGAGAACCAGAAAGGUUUCCUCUCUCUGUCUCUCCAUCCGUCCUUAUUGUGUUGAUGAAACCAAAGAAAGCAAAGCUUCGUUUCGCCGUCGGCGCGGUCUGCGCUCAGCCACACGCCGCGCCGUGUCGCGCCGCGCCGCACCGCUCAGCCACACGCCGC